CCGCCGUCCAUCAAAGUGAAAAGAAAACGCCAUCAGCCAGCAGCAGCGAGCGAGUGAAAACGCGUUCAUUUUCAUUUUGUCGUAGGAAAUCGUGCACAAAAUCCCAGUUUUUCCGGUUGAAAAGUGUGUUCAUAGACAGCAACAAUGUCCGGAAGACGAAUGCCGGCCAACGAGGACCUCUCGAAUGUGGAAUUCGAAACGAGCGAAGAUGUCGAGGUGCUGCCGACUUUCAACUCUAUGGGACUCCGCGAGGAGCUGCUGCGGGGUGUUUACGCUUACGGAUUUGAGAAGCCGUCGGCCAUCCAGCAGCGAAGCAUCCUGCCGAUAGUAAAAGGACGCGAUGUGAUUGCUCAGGCACAGUCCGGUACCGGUAAGACGGCAACGUUUUCGAUCGCCAUCCUGCAGUCGAUGGACACGACUCUGCGCGAGACGCAGGUUCUAUGUCUGUCGCCGACCCGCGAGUUGGCCGUCCAGAUCCAGAAGGUCAUUCUGGCCUUGGGGGAUUUUAUGAACGUCCAGUGUCACGCUUGCAUCGGAGGAACCAAUCUGGGCGAGGACAUCCGAAAGUUGGAUUAUGGACAGCAUGUGGUCAGCGGAACGCCAGGUAGGGUGUUCGAUAUGAUUAAGAGGCGGGUGCUGAGGACCCGGUCGAUCAAGAUGUUGGUGCUGGACGAAGCCGACGAGAUGCUGAACAAGGGAUUCAAAGAGCAGAUUUAUGACGUUUAUCGGUAUUUGCCACCGGCGACGCAGGUGUGCCUGAUUUCGGCCACACUGCCUCAUGAGAUUCUCGAAAUGACGUCCAAGUUUAUGACGGAUCCCAUUCGUAUUCUGGUCAAACGUGAUGAAUUGACUCUGGAAGGUAUCAAGCAGUUCUUCGUGGCCGUCGAACGCGAGGAGUGGAAGUUCGACACCCUGUGCGACCUGUACGACACCCUAACCAUCACCCAGGCGGUCAUCUUCUGCAACACCAAACGUAAGGUCGACUGGUUGACCGAGAAAAUGCGGGAGGCCAACUUCACCGUCAGCUCAAUGCACGGCGAUAUGCCCCAGAAGGAACGUGAUGAAAUCAUGAAGGAGUUCCGCUCGGGCCAGAGCCGAGUCCUGAUCACAACCGACGUUUGGGCCCGAGGUAUCGACGUGCAGCAGGUUUCGCUGGUCAUCAACUACGAUCUGCCGAACAAUCGUGAGUUGUACAUUCAUCGUAUCGGUCGAUCGGGUCGGUUCGGUCGCAAGGGUGUUGCCAUCAACUUUGUCAAGAGCGACGACAUCAGAAUUCUGCGCGAUAUUGAACAGUACUACUCGACGCAGAUCGACGAAAUGCCCAUGAAUGUGGCAGAUUUGAUCUAGGCGGGGAGGAGCGCGAAGAUUUUUAUGUUUACAUUAACACACACACAUUUACAGUUUUGCGUAUUUAAACACAAGAAGAAAUUUACUAGCUGGUAGGUAAAUCAAGAGAGUUCGCAGGGAAGAUGCAAGAUUUGUAACCACUUGAGCAAAUGACGGUAACACAUGUGUAAUUAUGAUCAUCAUAAUCUAUAUGGACUUCUAAUAAAGGGAGAAUUAUUCUCUUUUAAUCUCA